AUUGAAUAUAGAUAUUAAAAUCUGGACAGCCGUGAACUGAUUUAAGGUGACAUAUUGGUUCUCAACUUAAAAUUUAUGACGUUUUAACAAACGCUUACUAUCUAGAUAACGCAAUAAUUCUGUAUCAUCUCUUUUUUAAGCCAAUGUGCGAAAUUUGACAAAAAAAAAAAUCAUUUUAUCUCUGUCAUUUGGUGUGUUUGGCAAAGAAAGAAAGACGAACCGUUUCCUGAAAUUUGCCUCCAAUGAAAACUUUAUUUAUCGUUGAGUUUCUACUUUUGCUCCUUAUUUCAAACUCGAAAGGAAAAUUCCUCGGAGGAACAAUCAGCACUUAUUUUUAUAGGAAUCUCGCGAGAUUAACGUACAGACUGGUUUGGGAAAGAGGCACUGGACCUUGCGGUCCGUCAUGUUCCCAGAAAGAAAUUGGAAAAAAAUUUAAUCCGCCCCCUUCUCUGUCAUCCUUAAAAUGGAAGUGCACUUCUGGAUGUUCCACCAUCACGGACCUACAUGACGUCAGUUACACGUUAACAGCAUUCAGCAACAGUAAUUUGUCUGCAUGGGAACAAGGAGAACAAUACUUCUUUUACCCGAGAUGGAAAAUAAACAACACAUACGAAAUCUCAUUAAGCGGACUGGACUGGUUGGCCCCUGCUUCUGGACUCGGCAAGAUGGUCGCUAGCUUUGACUUCGGUAUACGGAAUGAUACAGGAGUGCCAAAUGCAAGUCCGAUAUCAGCGGUUCCAUCGGUAUUAGGAAUUCAGUUUGGAUGCACAACAGUGAUCAAUAUUCCUGCCGAAGAUCCGGACGCAGACUCAGUAAGAUGUCGUCUGGCCACUCCUGCAGAAUGUGACGAUGCCUGUACCAGCGCCCCGAACAUCACACUAAAUUGGGAGACUUGCACUAUAACUAUUCCUGCGACCACUCAGUAUGGUUACGAACCAAACAAGGACUACAGGAUAACGGUUAUGGUGGAGGACUAUCCUGAUUAUACAAUAUCUGUCGGGGAUCAGGUCAGGUCCAUCAGGCGACCCAUCAGCAAGAUCCCCACACAGUUUACAAUAACAACUAUAAAAAGACAACACUCCUGCAGUAACACUGGUAUGAGAAUUGAUGGUGUCAUCCCAAACCCUAAAAAUUUGUUUCGGGUAUCUUACGUCGGUAAACCCGCGGAGUUUAACGGGGCUUUCUACAUGCAAUCUCCGAAUAUCAAUGACACUACGUUCAUAACAAGUUUCUUUGCUGGUGUAGUGUAUACCGUGCUUCCGGAUGACAAAAAUAGAACGAUAGGUGAUUUUCGUGAUGACGUCAGAAGAGUCCGUUACGUAUGGAAGUCAUAUGAUACACGUCAGUAUGCCGAUACUUUACUUUGUGUGUGGGGACGUGACACGGAGGGCAUAACUACAGACAGAUUUUGCUACACAGCAGUAUUAAUUGAUGGCGAUGAUUGUGGAGGUGUCACGUGCCUGAAUGGCGGGAAAUGUGUGGAUCUUUACAGAAGAUGGACCUGCAAAUGUCCGCACGGAUACAAGCCCAAAGACUGCUCUCACAAAGUAACAUGUGCAGAUUUUCCUUGCAAGAACAACGGAACCUGUGUAGAUACUGGAACUAUGUACACAUGCGCAUGUGCCUCAGGAUUUACUGGCCUCGAUUGUGAAAUAGAGUUGAUAGUUACUGGUAAGAAAAUGAAUGACUUUAAAGUGGUACCUGCCGUGUUGGGCACUAUUGGUGGGGUGGCCCUGGCGUUCGUUACGACUGGUUGCUGUUGGUGGUGUCUGUUUGCAGCAAAAAGGCCAGAUUCUAGAGAGAAGAAAAAGAGAGUGGUUCCAAGGAACCUUCAUAACGUUAUACAAGAACAGGACUUGGUAACAAAAGAUGCAUGUUGAAUAAAAUUU